AUGGCCUGCGCUGUGUGGGGCAGAUGCGGUCAAGAGUCUUCCAAAGGUCCAGCCAGUGAAGGGAGCAGGGACGAGCGAGAGCAUCCUCUGGAGAGACGCGGAACGAACGCGUUCCUGCAGGAGGGGUACAUGUUCCUCUUCAAACUCUCCGUGUCCAUCGUGGAGGCAAUCAAGGCACAGAUACUGGCAACGAAACAGAGCGAGGUCAACAAACUUUUCGAGCUCAUGAGGCUCGACGAGAAGGUCUUUCCCGAUGACAACAUGGACUUCUUCAAGUCCAUCCUGCAAGCUGCCAAGGAUUGCGAUCUCAAGUCCUCCGACAUCGAUGCCAUGCGCGCAACACAGAUGAAGAUCCUCCAGGAGAAGCUGGAGAAGGUGCGAGAGAGAGAGAAAGAGCUCAAGGACGACAGCGACGAUGAGAUCGUGUUCUCAGACGAGGACGAGGACGAGGAGGACGAAUCCGAGAGGCUCGCGCGGCUGGCAGCGCAGUGACAGUCCUGGCAGUCUCUCAAGCAGCUAAGGCCAUGGAGGCCAAGCAUGGAGGCGCCUGUAAUGGCUCUUGUCCUUAAGUU